UCGUGUCAGGACUGUCCAGCAGGUCAGUACUGUAAGAACUACACGAUGACAUCAGGAGAGACCUGCCCUAAGGGUACCUACUGUCAGGGAGGAAAUGUUCUGCCUACUGAUUGUCCUGCGGGAACCUACAACGAUCAGCUUGGCUCGGUUAACUCCACUAUGUGUCUACCUUGUACUGCUAGUUUCUACUGCAAACCUGGAACGGAGAAACCGGUCCUAGAAUGUAACGCUGGGUUUAUAUGCCUGAACGGAGCUGAUACUGGAACACCUGAGGAUGGAGUAAAGGGUAAGAAAUGCCCGCCAGGUAACUACUGUUUACAAGGAGCCUUAUCUCCCACCCCCUGUCCUGUUGGAACUUUCAAUCGUGUGGAAGGUGGCGAAGAGGUUGAUGAUUGCCAGAGUUGCACCAGAGGUAUGAUGUGUACUGCAGAGGGACUAACGGAACCUAACGAGGAAUGUGUGGCUGGGUAUUUCUGUCCUGAGGGCCAGUCCGUACCUCAAUCAUACAAGUGUCCGAAAGGGUACUACUGUCCGAACGGUACUGCCGGAGACAGCCCUACCGAUGCCAAUGCUGGACUCAGAUGCAAGAACGGAACGGAAUCUACAACGACGGGACUCUCAGAAUGUGAGGAUUGUAACGCGGGAGAUUUCUGCUACCUAGAUCAAACAGAGACCCCAAAAAAAGAGAAAUGCAGUGCCGGUCACUACUGUCCGCGGGGUACCCCACAACCGUUACCUUGCGAUCCGGGGACGUUCAGUGACAAAGAGGGUCUGUCGAAAGCCUCUGAGUGCUCACCCUGCCCUAAGAACUAUUUCUGUCCCACUCCCGGUGCUACUGAUGAUAACGAUAAGCAGCCGUGUGAAGCAGGGUACGAGUGUAUGGGAGGAGCUAGAAAUGCUAAUCCGACUGAUGACGUCACCGGAAGAGCAUGCCCGCCUGGGUAUUACUGUCCUGCGGGUCUUGAUAAGGUGCCCUGUCCUGCAGGAACAUACCGACUGCAAGACACUGGGAAAACAGAAGACGACUGUUCACCAUGCCAGGGAGGCUUCUAUAACCAUCUCGAAGGAGCGACGGAAUGUACGCUACAAUGUCAAUCGGGGUACUAUUGUGCAUCUAAAGCAAUAAAACCUGAUCCCGACGAUGGGGAAACAGGUGAUAUUUGUGGUACAGGAACGUUCUGUGAAGUAGGAAGCAGUAAGGAGGAGGAUUGCCCUAGAGGAACAUUCAACUCAGAAACAGGAAAGUCCGAGUGUAGACCCUGUACAGCGGGGUACCAGUGUCCAGACCUAGGGAUGGACGACAAGGGGGAUUCUUGUCCAAAGGGAAGGUACUGUGAGGAGGGCAGUGUGGAAGGGGAGAGCUGUCCACUUGGCACGUACAACGACAAUACUGGAGGAAGUAUACCGGCAAACUGUAGGAAAUGUGAGGCGGGUAAUGCCUGUACUGCCCGGGAGUUAGAGGAACCUGACGCUAUCUGUCAAGCUGGCUAUUUCUGCUGUGUGGGUUCCGAUACGGUUAAUCCUAAUAAUGAUCCUCAGGACAUCAAUUCUCCCUGCGCAAACACUGGUUACAUCGGUGGAGUGUGCCCGGAGGGGUACUACUGUCCUGAAGGUACAGGAAAUCCUAUUAACUGUCCUGAGACCUACUACUGCCCUAAAGCUACGAGCAUGUAUACUCUUCAUUGCGACCCAGGGUUCCACUGUCCGGAACGAAGCACCAUAAAAACCCAGGAGCAGUGUGGGGCAGGGUACUGGUGCGAGGACGGUGCUAAAACUGCCUGUGCUAAGGGCUCCUACAACCCUAAAUUUGUGUCCUCUGAUGUUACCUCGUGUCUACCCUGCGAGGGCGGACGAUACUGUGACCGGGAAGCACUGAACACCCCUACUGGGGAGUGUGACGAGGGGUACUUCUGCUCGGGGGGAGCUGAAUCUAGACAAGAGGAGGAGUGCCCUCCUGGUCACUACUGCGGCAAAGGGUCAAGUGAAGCGCUGGAGUGUAAGCCAGGAGAGUACCAGCCAGACAAGGGUCAGGGAGAGUGUCUGCCCUGUCCUCCGGGUCAAUAUUGUCCUGAUCCCGGGAUGGACUCUACAGAGGGUCAGUGUACGAAAGGGCAUUACUGUCCAGAGGGUGCGAUAGAUCCUGUGCCAUGCAAAGAGGGAACAUACAACGAUAUCCUGGGAAGAACGUCAGAUGCGGACUGCCAAAAUUGUAAACCUGGUUACUAUUGCCCAGGAACGGGCAGGUUUGAGAUGGAAAACAAGUUCAGAUGCAAAGCAGGUUACUUCUGUGACGGCAGCAAGCCUGUGAGCAGUAGUACCGGAGGCACCAAGUGCUCUAUCGGGAUGUACUGUCCCAAGGGAACGGAACAGGAGUUACCGUGUCCCAUCGGAACCUUGGGAUUAAAGACAGGUCUCGGUAGUGAGGAAAAAUGUACCGCUUGUCCAAAAGGUUACGUGUGUGACAACGAGGGUCAGGAGGAAGCGUCAGGUGAAUGUGCACCGGGUUACUUCUGCCCCGAGGGUACCACCACAGCCAACAUGGAGCCCUGCCCCAUGCACCAUUUCUGCACUAAACGUAGUGAGGAACCCGCUAAGUGUGAAGCUGGGAAGAAAACAGAAGAGGGAAAGCGAACAGACGUGGCUAACUGUAUCGAGUGUACCCCUGGAACGUACUGUGAAGCGGGGGAAGGAGAGAAAGACUGUCCGGCUGGGCACUAUUGUCCGGUAGAAUCAGCUGCUGCCACCCCUUGCGAGAGCGGAACGUAUAAUCCUAAUGUGAGGAGCGAGAGUGAGGAUGCUUGUGUUGCUUGUCCUCCUCAGAAGUUCUGUCAGGGAGGUAAUUCGAUACCAGACGGCAACUGUGCAGCGGGGUAUUUCUGUGAGGAGGGUGCUGAACGAGCGGAACCACCCGAUGAUGACAACUAUGGUAGAUGUCCUGAGGGGUACUAUUGUGUCGAGGGAACCGCUAACCCUGUUGCUUGUCCUGUUGGCAAAUUCGGGGACAGGGACCGUCUCGAAGCGGAGGAUGAGUGUUCAUCCUGUACGGCCGGGAAGUACUGCGAGCAAACAGGACUAACCCAAACGGACCUGGAGAGUAGAUAUUGUGCUGCUGGGUACUUCUGUUCUGGAGGAGCUGAGAGUAAUCAGCCGGCUGCUGGUACCGGACAAGGUGGCCCCUGUGAACCAGGCCACAUGUGUCCGGAGGGAAGUUCAGCUCAGGUUCCAUGUGGAGUUGGUUUCUAUCAGCCCGCCACGAAACAGAGCGAAUGUCUCCCGUGUAAAGACGGUUACGAGUGUUCAGAAGCAGCGAUAGCGGACCUCCAGGACUCCCACAAGUGUAGUGCAGGCUACUACUGCGAGUCCUCGGAGAAGAAGCGUUGUCCUGCCGGAACCUUCCGUGGAGAACCAGGAGGAGACAAUCCAGGUUCCUGUAUAGAGUGUCCUGCAGGAAAGUACUGCGAGGAAGCUACAGCUAUACCACACGACUGUGCCGAGGGGAGGUGGUGUUCUGCGGGUAGUGUUAGUGAGAGUGACGGUGAGCACGGCGGAGUGUGUGGGCCAGGUUUCUACUGUGCAGCAGGAUCCAGAACCCCUGAAGCGUGUCCUAAGAGCUACUACUGUAGUGGAGACGGCAACUUUGAGUUGGUAAACAAGUGUGAUGCUGGUUAUUACUGCCCCGCACAGUCAACUACACCUACUGCGGUGGAGUGUCCUGCAGGUAGUUACUGUCCAGCAGGACAAGGUGACCCAAUACAGUGCCUACCUGGAACAUACAAUCCUGACAAGGGGAAAGAGAAGGUGGAUGACUGUGUACCCUGUAAAGCUGGUCACUACUGUGAUACUAAUGGUAUGAGUAGUGUCGACGGGAAACUUUGUAACCAGGGAUUCUUCUGUCCUGGAGGGCAGGAAACAGGAAGUCCAACCGACUACAAGUGCAUGGUAGGGUUCAAGUGUCCUGAGGGUUCCACACAUCCUAAACUCUGCGAAGAGACCACAUACCAGCCUGAUGAGGAGAGUGGUACUUGUGAUAUCUGUCCUGAAGGUCACUACUGCACAGCGUCUACCCUGAUUCAGGACUGCUCCUUCACCUUCACUGAGUCAGCGUGUAAAGCUGACUCCACUGACUCCGACUGUACCAUCUCCAUCUCCAACCCUCAACCUUGUACUGCGGGACACUACUGUUCUGGUGGGAUUAUCUACCCGUGUGAAGAGGGAACGUUUAAUACCAAAACACAACAGUCCACAGAGGCAGCCUGUCUGCCCUGCUCGGCAGGUAAAUACUGCACUGGUACAGGUCGAGCUACUGACGGCCAGGACUGUGAUGCUGGUUUCUACUGCACUGGAGGAGCAACUCUCGGCAACCCAAUGACGUCAUCACAAGGCGGAAGAGAGUGCGAUAAAGGACACUGGUGUGGUGCUGGAGCUACUGCCAUGGUACCCUGUCUCAAGGGUACCUACAACCCUGAUAAACGGGGUACGGACGUCUCCUUCUGUAGGCCAUGUCUGGGGGGUCACUACUGUGAGAUACAAGCUCUGACAAGUCCCUCUGCUAAAUGUCAAGAGGGCUUCUACUGCUGGAAGGGAGCUAAAGAAGAGUCUCCGUCGGCUAACGACUACGAAAAGGAGGAUGAUAUGGCACUAGCCGGAGUUUGUCCACCCGGACAUCAGUGUCCGGAGGGAACCACUCUCCCGGAGGAGUGUGCUCCUGGAACUCUUGCUAACACUGACGGGAUGGCAAAGUGCCAGGAUUGCGAGGCAGGUAAGAACUGCUCCACCACGACCAGUGAGAAGUGUCCUCAGGGCUACUACUGUCUUUCCGGAGAGACCCCAAAACCUUGCCAAGUUGGCACUUACGGUGCAUCCGAAGGACUAGAAUCAUCAGAUGCCUGUGAAGUGUGCUUGCAAGGAAGAUACUGUGACGAACCCGCCAUUAACUCCGACACAAUAGAAACUAAGCUAUGUAGAGCGGGCUACUUCUGUGACUACGGUUCUACAUCAGCUACACAAGCUAACUGUGGUAAAGGGUUUUACUGUCUGGAGGGGACUGAGAGGAAGGAGCAGUGUCCUGAGGGAAGUUUCGGGCCUACAGAGAACAUCCCUGACGCUGACUCCUGCACUGCCUGUAGAGCUGGAUUCAGGUGCCCUGAACCUGGUCUUCAGGAUGCUACUGAGGCCUGUCCUUCUGGUUACUACUGUGAGACAGGGACAGCAAGUGACGAGAAGCUAUGCAGUAAAGGUCACAUGUGUGACACGGGAGCAGCAUCGCAAACUCCCUGUGAGCCGGGAACAUUCCAGGAUAACGAGGGAAUGUCAGAGUGCCUCGUUUGCCAGGCUGGGUAUUAUUGCGAGAAAGAAACACCCUCGCUCAGUACCAUCAACGAGUGUCCUACCGGCUACUACUGUGAGGAGGGCACCAAGAGUGCCGAGCAGUCACCUUGUCCUGUUGGAACUUACAAUGAAGAAAAACGAGCUGAAACAGACGCUUCUUGUAUGCCGUGUCCUGGUGGUUACUAUUGCAAGACUCCAGGUCUCUCAACCUAUAAGGAUACCAAAUGUGCUGCCGGAUACUACUGUGGCAAGAGUCAGCAGACAAGUGAACCUGCGUAUAAUUGUGUGAAGGAAGAGGAAACAGGAACUGAGAUCUGUUCUGGACCUUGCCAGCCUGGCUUCUACUGCGAGGAGGGGUCUACAGAAGCUAAGGAGUGUCCCAACGGGUUCUACUGUCCUGCCGAGAAAAUGGGGACAGGAACGGAACACAAGUGCUCUGCCGGAUUCUACUGUGGUCCGGGAUCUAAGACCGCUAAACCGGUUAUCUGUCCGGCUGGACACUACUGUCCGGAGGGAACCGGGGAUCCUCCUGACCAAUGUCCUAUAGGAAAGUACAGCGGAGCGAAGGAGAACACCGCUCCUGCAGAUUGUACCACAUGUCCUGAAGGGUUCUACUGUAACGAACCCGGCAUGGAGACGGGUCUGCAGUGUCCUGGAAAUUACUUUUGCCCACAAGGUAGUGAUGACGGGUACAAGAACAAGUGUAGUGCGGGGUACAAGUGUGAGGCAGGAAGUUCCGAGCAGGUUCCCUGUCUAGAUAACACUUAUCAGGACCAACCAGGAUCGGCAUCGUGUAAAGAUUGUCCAGCCGGAAAGACUUGUGUCAGUGGGGACGGUACCGGUAUUGCGGCUACUGCACCGUGCCCUGUCGGCCACUUCUGUCUCGCUGCCUCGGCUGCGGAGGAAUGUCCACGUGGGACGUACAGAGAUGUAGAAGGAGGAUCUGACGCAGAUUCCUGUUUCAAAUGCCCGGCUGGAAAGUACUGUCCGGAACCGGGCCAUGACGGUGAAACAUUCCUCGAUUGCACUGCUGGAUACUACUGUGAUGCUGGGUCUCACGAGGCUGCACCAGCUGAAUGUAAAGCUGGACACUACUGUCCUGAAGGUACAACAACUGAGUUGCCCUGCGAACCGGGCUACUACAGUAGCAGUACAGGUCUAGCUGCUAAAGAACAGUGUCAGAAGUGCCCUAGUGGCAAGUUCUGUGCAGGAGGUGGAAUCACCUUCACGGGUCCUUGCUCACCUGGUUACUUCUGUCCGGAAGCAUCUCCGGAGAGUAAACCCGCCGGAAAUGAGUGUCCGGCAGGUUCCUACUGUGGGGAGGGAACUCACCACCCUGAUAAGUGUCCCGCUGGUAGAUACAACAAGAAGACUCUCCAGGAUGAUGUGUCAGACUGUCUCCAGUGUCCAGGAGGAAUGUACUGUCCUAAUCCUGGUACUGUGGAUCCCCAGGCUGAGGGUCAGAGUGUGACCUGUCCUAAGGGCUACUACUGUCCGGCUGGAUCUGCUACUGGGAACGCGCACCCUUGUAGAGCAGGGUACUACUGCGAGGAGGGGAGUAUCGAGGAGACACCAUGUCAACAGGGCUCCUUUAGCGUGGAAGCGUCAGAGGAAUGUGAAGAAUGUCCGGCUGGUAAACAAUGUGAGACCGGUGUCCCAGAGGAUUGCAGACAAGGGUAUUACUGUCCUGCGGGCACUUACCAGGCCACUCUUCAGUGUCCUGCUGGUUACUUCGGAGGAACCACAGGAUUGAGCGAUGUUAAUAAUUGUACAAUAUGUACUGCUGGAAGCUAUUGCAAGGAUCCUGGUCUAACAGAAGUAAGUGGGCCGUGUAGUGAGGGUUACUACUGCAAAGAGGGCUCAACCUCAUCUACCCCUGAUGAGGAGAGUAUGGGAGGGGAGUGCGAGCAGGGCUUUUACUGUCCUCAGGGAUCGGAAGCCAUGAAGGAGUGCGCGGCGGGAAUGUUCACAGACGCCCCCGGAGCUGCAGUUUGUAAACCCUGUACUGCUGGUAUGUUCUGUCAAACUUCUGGUACCAGCAGUGUUACCAUCAAACAGUGUGAGGCCGGUAAAUACUGCCCGGAAGGCUCAAUCAACCCAACUCCGUGUCCAAAAGGGAAGUUCAACCAAAAAUUGGAAGCCUCCUCAAUAGAAAGCUGUAGCCCAUGUGAAGCGGGUCAGUACUGUCUAGAGGGUUCAGUACAACCCAAGGGAGACUGUGAGGCAGGGUUCUACUGUCUUACCGGGUCUCACACUCCGCGGCCCUGUCCUGAUAGUGGGGGAGCUUGUAACUGUGAGGGUGAUGACAACGCUAUUGGGGGAGUGUGUCCGGCCGGUAAGAUGUGUCCGGCAGGUACCUCCGAACCAAAGGACUGCACUGCUGGUAGUUAUUGUGAGGUGGGCAAUGAUGGUACUGUCGAUGGCUCCUGUACUGCAGGAUAUUACUGUCCGGCCGGAAGUGCUAUCGCUACAGCACUGAAGUGCAGUCCAGGGCACUACUGUACCGCUGGAUCCGGUAGCAAGAUUCCGUGCCCUGCUGGCAAAUACAACACUCUCCAAACUGCAACCGAACUGUCACAAUGCUCGGAGUGCGAGGCAGGUAGGAUGUGUGAAGCUGCAUCGACAGGAGGAGUGCCUUGUAAAGUGGGGUACUACUGUCCCCAGGGUUCCAGUCCAGACGAUGCCAGCAUCUGUCCUCAAGGACAUUACUGCGAAGAGGGGUCCCCUAAUGCUGAGCCCUGUGAGAAAGGAACAUACACGGAACUAGAGGGGCAGACAGAGUGCGGUGAGUGUAAGGGUGGGAUGUACUGUCCUGGAGAUGGAACCGCUUUGUCCUGUGUUAAAGGCUACUUCUGUCCAGUUAACACUUCUGAUCAUACUAACAACCCGUGUCCUGCUGGUACAAUAGGAGCUGAGAUAGAGCUGAUCAGAGAGGAGCAGUGUGCAGUGUGUCCUGCUGGCAAGUUCUGCUCUUCUUCUGGAAAGAGUGAGGUUACUGGAGACUGUGAUCCUGGGUACUUGUGUCCGGAGAAACAGACCGUAUCAAACCCCUCCACUAACAAGUGUCCAGCUGGAGGUUACUGUAUCGCUGGAGCUACUCAACCCACUCUCUGUCCUGUUGGCACUUUUAGGGCCCUCCAGGGUGGAACCUCAGAAGCAUCAUGUGCCAACUGUACCGCUGGCUCCUUCUGUGAUAAAGAAGGACAGGAUCAAGUAACUGGAACCUGUAACGCAGGAUUUGUGUGCAGUCCAGGCUCAACCCGGUCAGACCCCCCGGAGGGACUGUGUACUGUAGGACACUACUGCACUGCUGGAGCUGUUACUGAAGCUGACUGUCCGGCUGGGACUUACAACCCUGCCACUGGGUCAGAGGAUGAGGAUGCCUGUAAAGAUUGUCCAGGAGGUAAAUACUGCGAGACAGCCGGACAAGGGACCUGGACGGAUGAGUGCUGUGUUGGUUACUAUUGUCCUGAUGGGUCUAGUGUCUGUGAGCAGAACAUCUGCCCUGUUGGCUCUCAGUGUCCCGCUGGUCGGGGGUCUCCCGAGGAGUGUGGAGCAGGAUUCCACGCCCCCAGAGAGGGAAUGAUGUCAUGUGAAACGUGCCCAGACGUGGUGGGGUGA